CAAGUCCUGAUCUGCCUGCGACAACAAGCUUCUGGGUGGCCAGUGACCAGUUCUUCCCCAGGAUGGGGACCAUAUCCAGAGCACCCUUGAUCUUGGCCUGCUUGGCCCUCGCUUCUGCUGCCUCUGCAGGAGCCUCCAAGCCUUCAGAGCCGAGAGAGAUGAAGCCAGAGAGCCUCUUCCUGCACCUUCAUGAAGUUGGCUAUGCAGCACCGCCUUCCCCAUCGCAAACACGGAGACUCCGAGUGGGUGACCACUUUGAAACUUCUCUGCGUGACCCUCUCUUUGAGGGACAAAAGGAAGUGGAGCCCCCUGCAUCUCCAGAAGAGCUGUUUGUCCAGGAGGAAGAGUGGCCCGCUUCCCCCAAGUCUGUAGAAAGCAGAGUGGGCCUUCCUACCCCUCAAGAAGCCAUACCCCUGCAGGAAGAGCAGCCCCCUCCCCAAGUCUCCAUUGAACAGAAGGAAAUAUACCCAUCUGUCCAACAUCAGGAGGAGAUCGUCCAUGCCAGGCAGAAAGAGGAGAGGCCAGGCCCUUCCGUGGUCCAGGGUUCUCCAGGACCUCGAUCUUGGAAUCCAGCCCAGCACUGCCAGCAGGGCCGGAGAGGUGGCUGGGGCUACCGGCUGGAUGGCUUCCCUCCUGGACGGCCUUCUGCAGACAAUCUGAACCAGAUCUGCCUUCCUGAGCGCCAACACGUGGUGUAUGGCCCCUGGAACCUGCCGCAGACUGGCUACUCCCACCUCAGUCGCCAAGGAGAGGCUCUCAAUUUGCUGGAGACUGGCUAUUCCCGCUGCUGUCGCUGCCGCAGCCACACUAACCGCCUAGAUUGUGCAAAGCUUGUGUGGGAGGACGCAAUGACCAGGUUCUGUGAGACCGAGUUGUCUGUCAAGACCCGACCCCACCGGUGCUGCAAGCAGCAGGGGGAGGAGCGAUUCUCUUGCUUCCAGGAGGAAGCCCCUCAGCCACACUACGUGCCCCAGCCCUGCCCCGCCCACCAGACUGCCUUGUCCUCGGGGCCCCAGCUGCCUUUUCCCCCGGGGUUGCCCACUCUACACAAUGUCAAAAACAUCUGUGUCCUGAGACGCUUCCGCUCCGUGCCGCGCAACCUCCCAGCUACUGACCCCAUCCAGAGGCAGCUGCAGGCCCUGACCCGGCUGGAGAUGGAGUUCCAGCGCUGCUGCCGCCAGGGCCACAACCACACCUGCAUGCGGAACGCCUGGGAAGACACCCUGGAUGAGUACUGUGAUCGGGAGCUGGCUAUAAAGACCCACCCCCACUCGUGCUGCCACUACCCUCCUAGCCCCGCCCGGGACGAAUGCUUUGACCGCCGGGCUCCCUAUCCCAACUAUGACCGGGAUAUCUUGACUGUUGACCUCAGCCGAGUCACCCCCAACCUCAUGGGCCAUCUCUGUGGAAAUGGAAGAGUUCUCACCAAGCAUAAACAGAUCCCUGGAUUGAUCCAGAACAUGACCGCCCGCUGCUGUGUCCUGCCCUUCCCAGAACAGGCCUGCUGUGGCGAAGAAGAGAAACUAGCCUUCAUAGAGGACCUCUGCGGCCCCCGAAAGAACUCCUGGAAAGAUCCUGCCCUCUGCUGUAGCCUGUCUCCUGGGGACAAACAAGCCAACUGCUUCAAUACCAACUAUCUGAGAAAUGUGGCUUUAGUGUCUGGAGACACAGUGGAUGCCACUGGCCAGAGGGAGCAGGGCCCAACUGCAGGAACAAAUGCCAACCCCGCCCCUGGGUCCAAGGAAGAAAAAUGAGUCACCCCGAGCCUCAGAGGAUUAGAUGGGGAACCCCGCCCUCCUCCACCCUCCUUGAGCACUCAUUACAAUAAAUGCCUCUUGGAUUCGGCA